UUCAAAUUAGGUUUCAAUUGGAUGUCGCAGCCGUGUCAACAUCCCCUUCGUGUACUUCAUUCCAUUGGGGCGGCCUUAACAUACACUGACCUCAACGAUUUAUGGUCUUGACUCCCACAAAUGUUGCUUUCAUUCGAUCCAGAACUCCUUAUAUAACCAAGUAUCAGCCAUUGAUUUCCGCCCGCCGGUCAUUUCACGACUACAUUCGUUAUCCAACAGCGGAUGGACGGAUGAUCAAGCUAUCGGUCACAUCUGAGAAGUUGAUUGGGGUCGCUUCGUCUCGAGGAAUGCGUCCUUAUCAAGAGGACGCCUACACCAUUACAUCGGUUCAUUUGCCUAUAGAGGGUCUCCAAUAUGGACUUACGCGGAACUUCGGUAUUUCUUGGAACCCUGGAUUGCGAGAUCUAGACCUAGCAGGACAACUGUUAUUCGUUGGAUUGUACGAUGGGCACGGAGGGCAGACCGUAUCGCACCAUUUGCGGGAUCAUCUUCAUCCUUUAUUCGAAACGGCCGACGCGUCUGAAGCGCCAAAGUUGAUCAAUUGGCUUAAAAGCUACAGCGGAUAUUUCAGAAGAUAUAAGGGAGGUUGCCUCGAGGAAUUGACUCGAGAUGCUCCUUCCACACAACUGCUAGACAUGGAAGCACGCGCUACGUUAGCUUUCCUCAUGGCCGAUUAUGAUGUAUGUCAAUCACCCGAAAUGAAACGGUGUGGUGCGACAGCCUCAGUAGCCAUUCUUCAUCCACUCGAGAUACCCCAUUUUCCAUUUUUUGCAUCUGAGUACCAAGCGCUGACAGUUGCGCAUUGUGGUGAUACGAGAGCCAUUUUAUGCUCAACAGAAACAGGGAAAGCGUUCCCGAUGACUGAAGUACAUCAUGCCGACACUCGUGGGGAGGCUGCCCGACUGCGGAGGAUAGGGACUGGACUUGUGACCGACUCGUUUGGGGAAGCUCGUUGGAUGGGAGCCGUAGCCAACACCAGGGGGCUGGGUGACACGGACUUCAAGCCUUUCGGGGUUACACCCGAACCCGAAGUUAGGAGACGCAUUCUCAGAAAUCGAGAUUGGGCGUUCCUCGCAAUGGUGUCGGACGGCAUCUCUUCAGAGUUGACGGACGAUGAAAUAUGCGAUCUCGCCCGAGGUGCCACGAACGCUCGUGAAGCUGCAGACUCGAUACUACGAUUCGUAGAGGAACUUGGGGGAGAGGACAACGCCACGGUUAUCAUUGUCCCGUUAUCUGGGUGGGGCCAGGUUCGUGGACCAGAUCGCACAGCAGAUCUGAGGAUAUAUCGAUUACAACAAGCUGGAGGCAGCACCAGACAGCGGCGAAUGUGAUGACGGGAAAAGUACAACUACAACUCAUCUGUACGAAUAACUAGUGACCUUUUACUGUAAUUUGUUAAAUGGCUGUAUUGGUGCCAGUAAUAUUACCUUCGUGUAUACGUCUGUAACAUAAAAUGUGGU